UCUCGGCUUCCGUAGACAUAUCAGGAAGAAACACACUAGCAACACGUUAGCGCCGCUCUCUGAGACACCCGUUUAUGGUAAACACGCUGCUGUUAUGACAUCUGGUGCUGAGUAUCUCUCCGUCUUUGAUUUGAGCCUGAAUGAAGAGGCUCUGUCUGGGCUGAGGGAGGUGAACCCUAUCCUGAAGCAGACUCUUAACACUGACCCUGCCUCAGAUGAUCCUGAGGAUAAAUCUCCUGAGGAUGGCAGACAGAGGGAGCCCAGCCUGGUUAGAGAGGUGUCAGACAAGAUGGUCUGCUCAGCCUGCAGGUGUCCAUUUAAUAGCCGGGAGGAACAGAUGGAGCACUACAAGCUGGACUGGCACAGGUUCAACUUGAGACAAAAGAUGUCAGGUUUAGCACCUGUCACAGCUGAGGAGUUCGAGAGGAAGACUGGAGCAGGAGACAUGUCAAGUAUCUCAGGGUCUGAGUCUGAUUCAGAUGAAGAGGACUCAGAUAGCGACGGUGGGGGGACGAGCAGCAACGUCACCGGCACGGAUAACGAGAGCUCUGUAGAAACCAGUUUGAUAUCCGGGCGACUUUCUAGCAAGGUGGUUUUCCAGAACUUAGCAGGGCAGUAUCUGUCAGUGUACCGCUGUAUUCUGCAGGGAAAGACAGAUGCUGAUGCAGAGACUGUGUCCUUGCUAAAGGCCAUAAGUAAGAAGACCGUGUGGGUCAUUCUCAUGACAGGUGGAGGUCAUUUUGCUGGUGCUGUGUUUCAAGGAAAAGAAGUCCUUCAGCACAAGACUUUCCAUCGAUAUACGGUGCGAGCUAAGAGAGGCACAGCUCAGGGACUCAGGGACUCUCAGAACCGCAGUCACACUCCCAAGUCUGCAGGAGCUGCUUUGAGACGACACAAUGAGGCAGCCCUCGUCAAGGACAUACAGGAUCUUCUGGUCAGCUGGGCUGAAUUCUUAAAGGAAGCCUCUGCCAUAUUUGUCAGAGCCCCGAGCUACAACAAAACCAUCUUCUUUGGUGGACGUGCAGCUCCACUGGAGAAGAGAGAUCCCAGGGUCCGAACGCUUCCCUUUGCAACACGCAGAGCAACCUUCAAAGAGGCUCAGAGGGUACACGACAUGCUCUCUACCGUCCAUAUUUAUGGGAAAGACAUAGACAUGUCAGCUGUUUUUAGUCCAUCUAAGAAGGCAUGGAAGAAGAAAAUCAAACUCCCAGCUGAAGUAAACGUUCAACAAGAGAAUGGAGAGAAAAGUCCUGAAGACUCAGAUAAAGAAGAGGUUGGAGAGAUCCAACUAGAGAUGAUGGAGCUCACUCUAGGAACUCUGGACCUCAGGGAGUUUGAAAUUCAGCCCUCCAGGCACAAGAGGAGGAGGAGGAAAAGGAGAGAAGAAAGCAAAAUGCAAACAGGAUUGAGUAACACAGAAGCAGAUGAUCAAGAACAGGAGGAGCUGGAGGCUUCACCAGCAGCAGAAGCUCCUCAAGAGACGCAAUCAAAAAGCAAAAGGAAGAGGAAAGCACAGAGUAAGAAAGAACAGGAAGAAAUGGUCGAUGACUCAUGGGAGUAUGGCGUUAGAGACGCUCUGUUCACAGCCUGUAAGGUUGGAGAUGCGGACGCUCUCUGCAGCCUUCUCAGACUACCAGAGGAUCCAGAACAAUCAGAGAGCAACCCCUCUGAAGUCCCAAGUCCUCUGACACUCCUUAAUAAGCCUGUGGACUCAUCAGGGUUCACUUUGCUGCAUGUUUCCUCAGCAGCAGCACAGAAGGACGCGGUGAGGCUGCUGCUGGAUGCUGGAGCAGACCCGGCCUGCAGGGAUAAGAAAGGGCAGACUCCUUAUAAUGUUGCUCCUGACAAAGACACAAGGAAUGUUUUUCGUAAAUAUAUGGGCGAAAAUCCGGAUAAAUAUGACUACAGCAAGGCACAGGUCCCGGGGCCGCUAACUGCAGAGAUUGAGUCCAAACAAACGGAGAAGAAAAAGGCCCAAAAGGCUUUAAGAAAACAGAGAGAAAAAGAGCAGAAGGAGAUGAAGAGGAAACAAGAGCAAGAGGCAGAGGAGAAGAAGAAGUUUGCAUCUCUGAGUGAUCGGGAAAAGAGAGCUUUGGCGGCAGAAAGGAGGCUCGCAGAACAAGUUGCUGCAACAGGAGUCAACAUCUCUAAUGUCAAAAUUUCUCCCUGCCAGCCUCAGAGCUUUCCACACACGAAUGCAGCAGCCAGCACGUCCAGAAAAGUAGCGAGACUGUACAAGUCUUCCAGUGUGAGGAGAUGCUGGUUGUGUGGAGAGUCUCUGCUUGGGAAAAUCCCAUUCCAAUACCUUGAAUAUUCUUUCUGCACUCCUCGCUGCGUCCAAGCACAUCGCAAAGCAAAUAACCUCCAAGGCAAGACAUGAUAACAAUCUCAG